AUGCUUUCACUAAGGCUGCCUAUUCGCAAUCUUGCUGCUGCCACCAGCAAGAGAUCUGUUGUCAUACCUGCUACGCAGAAGCCUGCUGGGGAUAUCUCUUCUGUGUUUCCUUCACUUUCUGGUGUAGCAUCUGCCCCGCUCCAGCCACGCUUUGCGACGCUCAAAUCAAAAUUCCUCAAAGGGAAUGAAGAGCAGUUGCAGGCUUCGUGGGACAGGUUGACCAAGGCACUCAAGCGAGAAGUUGAGGAAAUUGGCGAGAUGGGGACUAAGGUUAUCCCAACUAUUGAGUACAAAGAUAUCGCAAAUGCAUCUCCACUUGAUAUUGCGGAGAUCAAACGCCGCGGAACUGUGGUCAUUCGCAACGUGAUCCCUGAGGAGGAAGCUCUUCAGUUGAAGGCGGAUCUCAAAGAUUAUAUCCGUCAAAACCCAAAGGCAAAAGCCUUUCCUGCUGCCUCUCCGGCUGUCUAUGAGCUUUAUUGGUCACCCUCUCAAGUCCGCGCUCGCUCGCACCCGUCGCUCCUUAAGGCUCAAACGUUCCUCAUGUCAAUGUGGCACAGUUCAUCUUCCGCCACCCAGAUCUCGGUCAAACAUCCCCUUACCUAUGCUGACCGGCUCCGUAUCCGUCUUCCCGGUGAUGCUGGGUUUGCGCUUGGCGCCCAUGUCGAUGGUGGCUCUUUGGAGCGCUGGGAAGAUCCAGAGUACAAUGCGGUUUAUAAAAAGAUUUUUCAAGCUGAUUGGGAGAACUACGACGCAUAUGAUGCGCGCCAUCGUGUUAAUGCUACUAUGGAUCUCUACAACGGUGCCGGAAGUUGCGCCAUGUUCCGCAUGUGGCAAGGCUGGCUGAGUAUGUCAAAUACAGGCCCAAAUGAAGGCACCCUCCUCGUCAACCCCUUGCUCAAGCACGCCACUGCUUACACGCUUCUCCGCCCCUUUUUCGCCCCAUCUGCCGCCAACCCGAACUCUCUCUCCGGCUGGCGUAUCCCCGAGACCACCACCCCAGAGUUCCCCGGCGCAGUUCCGGCUGCUUCUCAGGAAUUUAACGAUAAGUGGCACCCCCACCUUAAUCUCUCAAAGACCAUGGUCCAUGUUCCUCGCGUUGCACCAGGCGACUUUGUUGCCUGGCACUGCGAUACCAUCCACUCCGUGGACCGCAUCCACAAAGGCACUGGCGAUAGCAGCGUCCUAUACAUUCCCGCUGUCCCGCUUUGCAAGACAAGCACUGAGUAUGCGGUUCGCCAGCGUGACGCAUUCUUGGCCGGUGUCCCGCCCCCAGAUUUCCCCAGUGGCGACGGAGAGACCGGUGGUGGUAUGGGAGGGCUCUCGGACGUUCUCGGAGGCGAGGGAAGGAGAGCUAUGGGCCUCGGAAACGAUGGUUGGAGCUUGGAAGGGCUUGAGGGGGGCGAGAGAGAUAUCGUUGAGAGUUCCAACAAAAUCAUGGGUUGGAACUAA